AUGGCGGCAAUCCAAAAGACAAGCGAAUCAACAUAUAUUUUUCUCAAGAUUGCGGACAACACAUUAGAUGAUAUUGACAGACAAUUUGGGUUGGAAAAUCAAUUAGAUCUUGAUUCUAGUCCGCCCCCGCGCUAUGGACUUGGGGCACUCGAGAGGCUCCCUCUCGAAAUCAUCCAUCUGGCCCUCAUGCAGCUUGACAUCCAAUCAUUCACUGACUUUCGACGCGUCAACAAAAGAACCAGGCUGAUCACGAACUCGAUCCCACAGUACAGAAAUAUCCUCAUUCACACACCAGAACUGAUUCGCGGGAUCAUCAACAUAGAAACGGCACGCAAUUUCUCAUGCCAGGACCUGUACAAGAAACUAUCCACAGCCGAGUGCGACCAUUGUGGCGAGUUCGGGGGCUACCUAUAUCUGGUCACCUGCCAUCGCGUCUGUUUACUGUGCUUCACGGAGGAGACCGACUAUCUUCCUCUGUCACGGAAGGAUGUGAUGCGCAAAUUUGGACUGGAGUCUGAACUACUAGCAAAUCUACCUCGCAUGAGAAGCUUCCCUGGCCGUUACUCGCCUCGAGAGAUCAAAUGUCGACGACAUGAGACCUUAUUCGACCAUUCCGCUGCC